GCUUCUGGUCCUUUAGGAACAGUUCUGUCAAUAUCGGUUCCCUUUCACUUCAGUCACCGCUGCUCCUCUCUUUCCCUCUCUGUCUCCGGGAUGGCUGGUCGCACCGUACUCGUGCUCGGGGGAGCCGGCACCGUCGGUUCGGGCAUCGUUAAAGUUCUGCUGGAGAAAGGCUUCCGUGUGGCAGUGAUAUCCAGAGAUGCAGCCCGAUUAGAGAAGGUGAAAAAUUUUGUUCCAGCCGCGACAAGAUCCAGGCUUUUUACACUGGUUGGAGAUGUAGGUUCCGAAGAGGGUGCGGAAGCAGCAAAAAGCGCAGUGCUGAAGGCUGUUGGGACGGUGACCGAUAUUGUGUCAUCCCUCGGCUUCAGCUGGUGGCAGGGUGGACCCCCACACACUCAGACUCUCGAAGAACUCAACCGGGUCCUGAACACCCUGUUGCUAAGUACUUUCACAUCCUGGAAGGCAUUCUUUCCGCUGGUUAAAGAUAACCCCAACGGAUCAUAUACAUUUAUAACUGGUGGAGCAGGGGAGCGACUGUUGAUGCCUGGAACGGGUUUCUUGACCCUCGGAGCUGCCGGAGCCCUUGCUUUCUGCCAGGUUGUCAGAGAGGAGUACCCUGAUGUCCCCUGCAAGCUGAAUGAGGUGAAGUUCAACAUGGGUGUGACAACUCCUGAUCGGAUGGCUCCUGGAUUCGUCAAUCACAUGGAUGCCGGUGAAGCUCUAGCCACUAUUUUGGAGAAGUCAUCUGCUUCCCAUCACGUGUUUUGUGUAAAUACCCCGGCUGAGCUCAAAACCCUGAUUGUGGAAGGGAAAGUUUGAAAGUGAAGACUCUUCAAGCCUGUGGACCAAAUCAGCAUUCUGUGUUGCAUGUAUAGUUUAUUUUAAUUUGACAGUCCUUUAACUCUCCCGUGGUGUGCACUUUACUAUAGAAACCAAUGAUGUGUCUAUCCAUGCAUGCGCUGAUCCUUGCAGUAACACUAAAACAGAUUAAGAUUCAAAGUUAUCUUGGUUUUGUUGAAUGCCUUAAUAUAGCACUUAGAAUAAGCAAUUUGGCCUCGCUCGUUUCUGCUAGCAUUUGUCCUUCACCUGAGCUUCAACCUAUCUUUCCUCCUCUACGUCUAUGAAGGGUCCCAACAUGAAACAUCGCCGAUCCAUGUAUUCUGGAGAUGCUGCCUGACCUGCUGAGUUCCUCCAGCAGUUUAUGGUUUUUACCCCCUUACACCCUCUUAACAUGCUUGCCCAGCCCCCCUGAGAUGGAUGCAUACAAAUCUUAUCAGCCAUGUGGUAAUGAGCUCUAUUUUCUCACCAGUCUUUGGGCUAAGAAGUAAUUUUGAAUUAUCCAUUGUCUUUCUUGGAGAUGGUCUUCCAUGGAUCAUCUCUGGAUAGUCUGUCCACACCCAACAAAUUAAAUUGUUUUCUCUGCACCUACUCGGUUCAAAACCGGCCAGAUGUUAAAAACCUCUGUCAGGUCACAAUUCCCUUCAUCAUGUAUCUAUACACUGUAAAUGGCUUGUUUGUAAUCAAGUAUUGACUUUCUGCUGAAUGGAUAGCACGCAACAAAAGCUUUUCAUUGUACCUCGGUACACGUGACAAUUGACAAAACUAAAUUCAGCCAUUUCUCGAGCCAAGUGGCCCUAUUAUCAGUUUAGAUAUGUUUGCAGUCUAACCUUCACUUGUUGGUUACAGUGUCAGCAGUUUAAUUUACACAUUUACAAACUUUCACUGAAGGAGAUAAAUCUGGAUCUAGGUUGUACAUUGACAGAGUAGUG